AUGCUCACUUACCAACCUCCUGCCUCUCGUUCCAGUGAGCACUCCGGCGGAUCGUAUCUCGGCGCGGUGCGGGCGCCCGGGACGCACUGGGGGCCGCCGGGGUCGGGGUGGGGCGUCCCGCCCGCGGGGCCCGGGCCCGGGGGCCGCGGCUUCCGCACCCCGCUGCGUGCGCCUCUGCGGAUCCCCCUGCCCCGCGCCACCCGCGCCAGCUGGUCCACGUGCCGGCUGUGGAUCCUCAUCACCGUCAUCAGCGUCUACCUCCUGGGCGUGCUGCUGCUCUCCUCCGUCAGCUUCCAGACGGGGCCUAAUGGAGAAAGGACUCUGCACGUGCCGGAGCUGUCCGGGUUCCCGUACGCGCUGGCGGGCGGGCGGCGGAUGCCGUUCCCCCGCGGCCCGCUGAGCAGCGUCCUGGGGGGCGGCGGCGGCGGCGGGCCCGUCGGCCGGUCCCGGGGGCUGCAGUGGUGCCAGCCGCUCCGCUUCCUGGACAACGACCGGCCGCGCGCCGUCACCGCCCUCGCCUCCUUCCCCGGCAGUGGCAACACCUGGCUGCGCUACCUGCUGCAGCAGGCCACGGGCGUCCACACGGGCUCCGUGUACAAGGACUUCGGCCUGCUCAAGAACGGCUUCCCCGCCGAGUCGGUGAGCAACGGCACGGUGCUGGCCGUCAAGACGCACGAGUGGGGGCCGGUGGCGCGCGCUCCGUUCCACCGCGCCGUGCUGCUUGUGCGCUCCCCGGGCCCCGCCAUCCAGGCCGAGUUCAACCGCCAGAGCGGCGGGCACAUCGGCUUCGCCGCGCCCGACCGCUACCGCCUCAAGAAGGGCCGCUUCUGGGCCAACUUCGUGACGGCCAAACUGGCGGCCUGGCGACAGACCAACAUUGACUGGCUCACCAACUUCACCGGGCCCACGCACAUCGUCCUGUACGACGACCUGGUGCGCGACGUGGAGGGCACGCUCAGGGCCAUCCUCGACUUCCUCGAGCACCCCGUCACCGACGACGCCAUGGCGUGCGCCAUCGAGCGCCGGGAGGGCAUCUACCGGCGCAAGCGGCGCGCGCUGGCCGCCAACUUCGACCCCUACACCCCGUCCAUGAAGUCCAUGCUGCGGGACCAGCAGGACGAGGUGUUCGCCCACGUCAAAAAGUACCAGCAGCUGGCCGUGAGCUGAGACGGCGAGCUCGCGGACCUCGCGUCGAGGGAAGGACACGACGAGCAAGCAUGAAGCUUAGCCGGGCAGUAACUCGUUUACGGUUUUACGACCGAAACUUAAUGGUGAUAGUGGCCUUGAAAGCAGCCUAGUAUUGACGAAGGGCCUCUUGCAGUGGCCUAAAUGUGUACUUUCUUUAGGCCUACAGAAACGUGAUAAAAACAGACGUCAACUCAGGGAGAUAUUUAUCUCACAUGUAUAUAGGGACUUGUACCUUCAAAAUCACAUUCUGAUCAAAACCAGGCUGGGUUAGAAUGAAUGGAAGACAACCAGUCUUUAACAAGUCUUGGCAUCAGCCAAAAUCAGUAUUGGUAGCUUAUCUGUGAUGUUCGUCAGCCCAAAUAAUAUGGUUCAAUCUGUAAUUGUAAGACUAUGUGAAAUUUGUUUAAAUUGAUACAGGCUGACUCUUUGAUUUUUCCUUACGAAGAGUAUGGCUUAUUAUGAGGCGCAAAAGGUAGAUCAUAUCAGUCAAAUAUAUUAAGAGACUUGGGCUUGUUGCCCCUGUUGACCAUCUGUAAUUAAGGAUCAGCGCAAGUAUGAACAGGCAGUCAUGAUAACCCAAGUUGAAGUUAAAUGACUUACGAAGAGAUCUUCAGAGAGCUUCAUAAAUCCUAGUCCAAAGCACCCUCACUGACUAAGUGCAUAGGUCCAUAGGUAGCUCAUAGGUAUAUUAGAAUAUCCAAGGAUGACUAUGAAAUAAAAGCAAAAGCUGGUAAUGUUAUUAUACUGGAAAUAAGAUAAGUUAGUUAACACUGGUGUUAACUUGAUGUAACUUACUUCAAUCUUCAUGGCUCUAUGCAAUGACCAGUGAUAUUUAAGAGCACAUAAAACAAGUCCAUCUAAAGCAGCAAAAUAUUUUAUGUACAUGGUUUUGCACCCCGCUUUCUUCAUUUUCUUUUUCGCAUCAAGUACAUUUUCUAAUUCCUUUUGGUAUUACUACAGUUUUUAUAAUUUUUAUCUUGCAUUCCUUGCUUGUCAGUAAGAAUGUAUGGCAAGUUCUGGAAGAGAGAAAGAGAUCUGAUGAGAAAACAUGAAGUAGAUCAUUUGAGUAUCUGCAUUGGGCCAGUGACAUUUACAUGUACAUAUGAAUGACAGCUUUAGGAGCGCACAAAAAAUGUGGAGUUUACAUCAAGGUACUAGUAUAAGUCUACUACUCUGCAAUGUAAAAAAUGUUAAAAAGAGAAAAUAAAAGUUUCAAAAAAAAAAUAUAACGGUUUAGUUGGAAGGGAGGUGUAAAAUACGAACAAUACAGGA